AUGGACCCCUCUCCCAGCACUCCCAAACGAUCCCAAUCCGCCUCUUAUUCUAAUGAUAACGAUGGAGAGCGAAUUCCAACAUUUGAAGUGCUUCUGAAAGAUUCAUACAUCAAACAAGACUAUCUGCAUAUUCCAAAAUGCUUCUACGAGCACAUUCCUGAAGCACAUACCAGCGCAGUUCUUCAAUGUGGUGGCAAAGAGUGGUUUAUGGGAUUGAACGUUGGUGAGCGUAGAUGGCUCAAAGACGGCUGGAAAAGUUUUGUGAUGAAGAAUAAUAUCAAGCGGGGUUGUUUGGUUAAAUUUGAGUUAGUUGAAAUUGCACAAAUCCUUGUUGUCUUCAAAGUCGAAGUGAAAGGACAAGGAACUCACGAAGAUCCUGUCGAGAUUAAUUAG